AAACGGAAACUUCCAAGUCCUUCCGGACUGAGAAGCAGUAACGAAGAUUUGCUCAGUGGUCCGCAAGGUUGUGGACCAAGGACACAGUAGUCAUGUAUUUCUUGUCACGAAUAAGGGCUGCAUCAACGGUUCUAAGAUCCCGAACGAAUCAGCAGUUGACAGCUGUCAGAAAUGGAGGAACGUGGGUGUACCGACGACCAGCUAUCCCUGCGUCGAAGACAACGCUGAUAAAGGCUGAAGUAAUGGGCUUCGUACUCUGGUACUGGAUGCUGUACCACCUGUGGCAUGAACCAGAACAUAUUGUUGGACACUUCGUGUAUCCAGAACCAGAGCAGUGGACGGAUGAGGAAUUGGGUAUCCCACCUAGUUGAUGUGCCAGGGAAUGUGUGCUGGGAUUUACCCAAACACCCACUUGUCUGUGUAUUUAUAAGACUGUUAACAAACUUACAUCACAUGUGGAUCUUUGGAUACCUGUACACAGUGGAAAUGAAAACAAACUAACUGUAGAUAAUAUGACAGUGUGUAGUGAUACUUCAGUGCUUUUCAGAAAUGAAAAAAUUGUGAAAGUCA